CAGGAACUGUGGACUGUGGACUGUGUGUCACACGGCAGCUUUAAUUAAACGUACAAGUUAAUCGAUACGGACUGCGUUAUUCUGUUCGAACUGUGCACCUCAAGGAGUCCAGCCUCCUCAUUCAUAUCAGUCCCAUCAUGGCCGAAGUGGACGAGACUCAGUUUUCUAUCAUGAGUCUGGAGGAUGAGCUGACCUGCAGCAUCUGUCUGAGCACCUUUGACCUCCCGGUGACCAUCCCCUGCGGACACAACUUCUGCCAGGACUGCCUGCUCGCCACCUGGAAGGACUCCUACAACUGUCCUCAGUGUCGGACCCUGUUCGCCACCAAACCGGAGCUGAAGAAAAACACGGUCCUCACCGCCGUCGUGGAGACAUUCAAAGUGAGGUCGAGCAAGAGCGAAGCCAGCCUGAGUAGAGAAGCGAGCGAACCGAAGAAAAAAGAUGUCAUCCGCUGUGAUACAUGCAUGGAAGCAGAGGCGUCGAAGACCUGCCUCACCUGCAUGGCGUCAUACUGUGAGGAGCACCUGCGCCCUCACCGGGACAACCCCGUUUUCCGUCUUCACCACCUGAGCGAGCCUGUGGGGGACCUGUUGGAGCGCAUCUGCACCGACCACCACAAGCUGAUGGAGCUCUUCUGCACCCAGCAUGACCGGCCGAUCUGCAGCUUCUGUCUCCAACAGGUCCACAAAGGCUGCCCCUUCACGACCCCCGAUGAGCAAAGGAGCCUGAAAGAGUCCGACCUGAGAGGCAAGUUGAGUUUGUUAGACGGGAAGAUUGUGAAAAAUGAGAGCAUCAUAUUUGAAAUGAAGGACAUGCAGAACAAGCUAAAGGACAUGGCGACCAACAAGAAGAGAGCUCUGACAGCUGAGUAUCAGCAGAUGCGAGAGAUGCUGGCCCAAGAGGAGCGCGAUGCUCUGACCUCAGUGGACCGAGAGGUGGAGACCGGUCAGACCAAACUCAGGGUUCUUAUGAAGAAGUUCAGCGACAACGUUGAUAACUUGAACAAAGCUAAAGAAGACAUCCACAGCCUGCUGAGUCGGUCACAGACCCUGGCCUUCCUGCAGGCACCUUCUGACCUCCCCCAAGCUGUUAACUUUGACCCUUACUCCCCUAAAAUCAACCUGGACUCCAAGAAAGUUUUGGCAUCGCAGGCCUUCGCUGCUGCCCUGAAGGGGCUUCUGACAGAGAUCGUCAAACAGCCCGUCGAGACCCGACUGCCAUUAAGUAAACCAGAUGUUAAUCCUGGUAUUUUGGCAGCUGCUGAAAAACCAGGUUCAUCUGUAGGGUUAAAACCUUUGAUAUUUGGAAGUUUUCCUGGGCUGGAGUUCCCUUCAGGUCCCCCUAAACUCCCCAGGUCUCACAGUCCAGGUCCUCCAGCCAAAUCAGCCCAGAAGAAAAAGACUCAAAAAACCAAACCUAAAGAUCCUCAGUCCACUGGGAACGAUAUGGGAAAUAGGAUUAAUGCCCAUUCAAUGGAAAACCUGCUGGACUUGGGCUGGAAGGAGAAACCCAGAGGUCGUCCUCUGGCAGCUGAACCCAAACAUAAACCAGAAACUCCAGAUAUUCCCCCGGACAUAAGCUCAGCUGAAAAGAGAAGUGAACUUCUGAAAUUUGGCACAGUGCUCACUUUCAAUCCGAGAACCGCCCAUAGACGCAUCGCACUGACUGAGAACUUCACUAAGGCCUCGGUGUCAGAUGAGCACGUAAACUACCCCGACUGCCCCGACCGCUUUGCUGUCUGCUCCCAGGUGCUCGCCUCCAAGGGUUUCUCUACAGGGCGCCACUACUGGGAGGUGCGACUGAGCAGCAGCAACUUCGUCGGCAUAGGCUUGGCUUACAACAGCAUCGACCGCAAGGGACCCACCAGUCGACUGGGCCGCAACGCCCAGUCCUGGUGUGUCGAGUGGUUUAACGUCAAGCUGUCAGUGUGGCACAACAGCAGCGAGACUGUGCUCGCCAAUCCCAAUCCGAAGCGCGUAGGCGUGCUGUUGGAUUGUGAGGCGGGCACGGCGACGUUCUAUAACGUGGCUGACAGGGCGUAUCCCUUCCACUCCUUCAUGUUCCCCUUUGCUGAAGCUGUCUAUCCGGCCUUCUGGAUUUUCUCUAAUGGCUCCUCCAUUUCUUUGUGCAAGCUGCAGUAAUGAGUAACAUACAGUCAGCCAGCGGUCCCACUGUUAAAGGUACCCUGUGGAGUUUUCCUGUAAGCAACAAUAGUUAUAGUAACUAUAUAGCUGUAUAAUACUUAUCACAUUUUUUUCUAUGCUGAGGUCUAAAAGUGUAGGAAAAAAUUGAUUUUAAAAUGGAUUAACCAAUUAACAUUGUUAGCAAGCUGCCUUCUUUUUCACUAGCUGUGUAGGUGUUGGCUGCUGCAUUUGUUGGUAUGUUGGAUAUAUAUCAAUAAAUAUCGAUGAAACUAAAUCAUGCGCAUGUGCUAACAGACAGAAACUCCAGAGGGUACCUUUCAUCAUUGAGUGUUUAUUAGAAAUUUUCUCUACAUAAAAUGAUACAAAAUGAUAUAAAAUAAAUGGAGCAAGGAAAAAAAAUAUUAAUAAGGUAAACUAAUAAUUAGUAAUAAAUCAAAUUUAGAAUGUUUGGAGCAGCAAAAAAAUGAACCCGGCAUAUUUUUCACCUCAGGAGCUGAUAGGUUACCUGAGGGCAGGUAUAACCUUUCUUUAAACCAUUGUUGCUGUUGGAGGAAAAUAAUUCUCUUUGCACAGCUGAUCAGGAUUUAUGUACAGGUCGAAUAUCACCGUCUCACAUAAGAUAUUUAGUUCUUUUCGUGCAGAUUAACCAGGACUGUCGCUCUAGUCGUCACAUCUUGGAAUAUUUCUGACUUGUCGAGCCUCUGACUAAACAUCCACCCUGCUGCAGUAAAGACGACAGUUUAAUGCACAGAAGCUCCAAAUAAUGCCGCAGUGCAUAAUAUCAGUGCCGGACUUUGGCAGCUAACUGCCACUGCUGUUGCAGUCAGUGCUAACAAUGCAUUAUCGUCCUGAGUGUUGAGGGUGAGAAACAUGCAGCUAUAUGUGCGCCGUCCAAAUACUUAAUGUGCGCCGCUGCAUGCAGUUGUACUUAUCGAACUCAAAAUGGUAAAAGUGAGGAAAUACUCGACUUGAGACAGGACAUGAACGUCCUGAUUACAAGUGCUUUCUGUACACUGCUUAGUACCGAUCAGUUGGAUCUGGGGAAUACAUGGUGGUGGUUUCUCUGUGCAGUCUGAUUGGUAGGCAGACAGCUGAAGUGGAUAUCAGAAAUUAAUGGCAUGUCAUAGCUGAUGUCAUUAGUUUUUGUUAGCUAUGCUGGCUGUGAUGCACAGCAGCUGAAUUCAAUAAGAUGAAGCUGUCUUGAAACACAGGAAAAGCUCCUCCUUGUGUUUUCUGGUGACUGCGAUGCAUGUAUAUGUUGUAGUCAUUUAUGAAAAGUAUUGAAAACCAAAAAUGUUUUGCCUUGAAGUUGAAAAAAGCAGGAUAAAAAACAAACAUCAGGCCCACUUGUUGCUUCAUUUUCCCACCAAUAAACUCAAAAGAAGACAAAAAAAAAUUACAUGUGUGUGUGUAUAUAUAAAAAAAUUAUACAAGUUCACUUACCUGGCAGGGUUUCCUUGUGGUGGUCUUUCAGAAAUUUGCUAUCCUUCUUGCUUUUCUACAGUUACUACUGACAUACCAUAUGUUGUGUGUCCUGUACAUGCUGUGCAGAUUAUCCAUCAUCACUGUAGCACAGGUGCAACUACAGCUGGAUCAAGACGUGAAUCUACCAGCUCAGCACAUGUUUACAGUGUUUUGAUAUCGAUUCUGCUCCACUUUGUUUUGGAGUGUGGGAAUUAAAGUCAUAGGACUGGGUGAUGCAGCAGUCUUUCAUGAUAUGAACAAUGUAUGGUGACCUUAAAGAUUUCUAUAAGUUCAGAAUCCUCCAGCAUUACUUUGUGAAUUGGAAAAACAGCAAAUAUUAAAAAAUGAUCUGUAAACGCCUGCCAGAAGUUUGUCUUCUGCAGCCAAACUGACUGCCAUUAGUCGGUUCCUAAAUGUAUAUUUCUGUGAUAUGAUUGGCUGUUCAAUGUGCACAAGCACCACCCCCUACAAACUGUGUAUGGCACCAUAUAUUUUAAAUGUCGUGGACAGUCUGAACAUACAGUAAGAUAAUAUACACUGUUGCUUGUAUCACCGGGCUCUAAAUGCUCACUUCUUUCAGCUGAUGGGAACAGAAGUCAUGUUUUCUGUUUUCAUCACAUUCUGAAAGUCUCUCUUCUGUUUUUCUAUUCGGGUUGUUUUUAGGGUAUUUUGCCUUAAAUGAUGGAGUUUGAGUCAGAUGAUAUGAUGGGAGUCACAGAUGACCCCGCAGAUGCCGUCCUGGGCUAGAUAUGAUCCUGGGAUGUCAUGAUUGCAUGGGGAUGCCCCAUAGAAAUAAAAUGCAUUUUUUUCCCUAUGGCAGGCACAUUAAACCAAAAAGCCUUGUCGGCUUUUCCUAAGGUGGAGGGAAGGUAGUAAAACGUACAGUCUCAGAGGGGUAAAUUAUUUGUUGUAUGAUACAAAGUUUACCCCGGCCUGUGAGAACAGCGGCUCGCUUCCUGAUGUGGCGUCACUGCGGUCCAUCAGGUGUUAAAGUGGUAAUAUGGUGAUCACUUUAAAUCAGAGCAUCUUACAGAAAUGAAGUGUCAAACCUCUUCGUCGCACAUUAACAGUGAAGUUAAGCAUCACGGCUCCUCUGACUUUUUGACAAAGUUAGACUAAACUUUACUGCAUUUAAAAGGUUCAGAAGAGAAGACAGACUGAGUGAUAAACAGAAUAUUUUUAGGUGGUGUACUGAUAGUGCCGAACCUGAUCUGAACCUGUGUGGUUAAAACUGCUUAUCACAAUGAAGACUUUUGGGAAGGAAGGGUUUUAGAAACCAUCAAUGCCUUUCCUGAACCAUGGUGACACUUCUGAGUACUCUUACUACCUUAAGCAUAAAUCACUUUAUAGGGGUGUGUAGAUUUAUACAUUUAUUUCCUGUAGCUUCUGUUUUUGAUUGUAACAUGCAUCCUAGUUUAAGCAGACUCCAGCAGCGCCCCAGCAUCGUGUUGAUUUUGUCCACUGAAUUGUAGUUCAUGCUUCUUUGUGUCACAUAGAUGGUUGUAGCAGUAUCUUGUGGUGUCAGUCUUUGAAAAAAGCAGUGCAUUAUAUGAAGGGUGUUCUUGUUGUAUUCUGUAUACUGUUGCUAUAAUGCAUUUUGUUUAAUCAAAAACUGUAUCAUAAAUUAACCAGUGAUUAUUUCCAAUAAAGGUUUUUCUGUCUCUGA